AUGAGACUAAAAUUAAAAAUUGAUAUCUUUAACCUCGUCUUAGGAAGACAGCAAGCACCCCCGCAGAUGUCGAAUGUUGCUUAUCAUGCAGAGCCGUCAACAUCAAGGAGUUAUUCUCAUGAAGCACUUGGACAGCAAUAUAGUACGCCCCACUCGGAGUAUCAGCUAAAUAGUUACUCAAAUACUCCGUAUGAUACUCGAUCAUAUACAUCAAACCAUCAAACCUAUCCUAGCAAUGUACAAAUACAAACAGUGAUACCAGUACCAAUUCCAUCGCCGUCUGCUUCAACUAAUGUUAGUGAAAAUUCUCAGGAGCCAUCAGAACUGGACUUAUUCACAAAUACUGACACAUACCGACUAAACUGA